GAGCACUGUGUAGGACCAGUAGCUGCUUUUGUGAUUGGCGUGUAAUGACUGACUGAGUUCACAAUUAUAUAGACAGGGGCUUAGUCAGGAUGGUUUUCUUGCCUUUAGUACCUCCACCUCUGGAGAUUUUCAGAAUUCACUGAAAGGCUGAACGAGGCUGUGAGAAGCCUGGCUUGACUUAAAGGCUGACCCUAUUUUGACUGGAAGUUUGUGCUGUGGACCAUCUGAGGUCCCUCCCAGCCUAAAUUUGCCUGUGAUUUGGUCAUGAUACCAGAAGCAAAAACCUGGUGAUGAUAUUAGAAGUGGAAGUUUUCCUAAGUUAAAGCAAGGAAACCCACAGCUAAAAUCCACCUAGAAAGUCUGUCUUGGUCCUUGUGUUCUAUUGUUUCUUUCCCAGUGUUCACAAUGCAUGUUGAAUGCAUCGGAUGAGUGGUUAAGAAUUCCUAGCUCUCUCUUCAGCACACAUAUCUGCUUUAUAGAUUGAUGCACUGAAUUAAGAAAAAAUAUCAUAGGAUAUCCUUGAGUAUAUUUUGGUCAUGCUUGAGGUUUAAAAAAACCCUAUUUCACCAAAGCUUAUCUUGCUCUUAGCUUGGGGAAAUCUCAUUGUUUUGAGAUCUUGGAUUUGGUGUCCAGCUGUCUGUGGGCUGUUACUACAACAGAGCUUCUUAAGCCUGAUAGAGAAAAUGCAUUUAAUGUAUAAAGAGGGAACUGAAGUGACAAUUUCUCUACCUUCUCUUUCUUUCAAUUUUGAGAAACUAGUCAUUAUUUUAUGUAUGGUUUGUAUAUUUCAGAAGAGUUUUAAAAUGUCUUACCUAUACUUCCUUCCCUGACGUGACUUGCAACAUGAAUUUCUCUAUGACUUCAUGAUAACUUACCUUACAUAUAUUUAAAAAAAAGCACCAUUUGUACUCUUAUUUCUGUCUGUCUUGCAGUCAAACUCAGUUGUGUGAGUUUGGAAGAUUAAUGGUACUAGAAGUGUUUCACACAUCUUUCGUUGUGGGGCUCUGCUUCCACUGGUGCCACUGGCCACUUCCAGUAAAGCAGAUGACCACACAGUAGUUUUAGUCUAUUAGUCUGGAGAUCUGCAAGUGUCUUCGACUCCUGCAGAAAAGCAAGACUUCCCCAGGAAAUCAAGAUUUUUAUUUUGAGCUGUUUCCAAACUAACCCUUUUUAACUUUCAUAUCUACCUGUGUCGUUACCUGCUGUCCUUCCCAUGCCUGGAGUUCCCUGGCAUGACAGUGUCAUGGAGGGCAGGUGUAGCACUCACCUGCAGUCCUUGAACCUGCUCAGGGAGCCCUCUGUGGUACUCCUCCAACUUGCUGUCAUCUCAGGCUAAGCUAGGAGCACAGUGCUAACUCUCUCUGACCAGUCUUUAGAAGUUUCCUGGAGCCUGAAGGCUAUCUGGUACUGGAAAGCCGUAGAUAUUAAUGAAGUUUCAUGAAAACAUACAAGAUAUCUACAGAAAACUGCAUAUUCAGAUAGAGGCAGUGAGGCCCAGUGUGUCCUACCCAGUGCUUUAUUUCUCACUCUUCUUCACACAGACGGUCUUUGUUUUUGCUGCCUAAGGCAUGGAAAUAGCAUCCUAAGCUGCCUGGCCUGCAUUACGUCAAGAAUUCAGAAUUCUGCUUUAAUUCACAGCCAGAUUUUAAGGAUUGUGCUACCUUUUUGGAUUUUCUUUAAAUAUUUUUUCUCUUUCCUACUGCACUGAUUUAAGAAAAAAACCCAAACCUAUCUGGAUACAUCUGUAAUGCAACUGGGUCUUCGAUGCCUUGUGCCAAACUAACUUCCUGCAGCUCGCUAAGAACCUGGUAAUGCACAAGGGAAUGCAGAGGAGGACAACUGUUUAGCUUGGAAAAGGUAUGUCUGAAAAGGGAUAUGACAUACAGCUUUUCACAUAUGGUAGUAUGAUGGGAUGGAGAGCUCAGAUAGGGAGUGAUUGUUCCUCUGUUUAUCAUUGCCCAGGAACUACAGGAUACAGAUAAACAGUGGAACACAUUGCCACAGGAUGUUGGGUAUGUGGUUCAAGAAAAGCCAUUAGAUGAAUCUGCAGGCAGAAAAUCCAUUAGGGCUGGCUAAACAGACAGAUAAGCCUUUGGCUCAAAAAGUCAGUGAGGCACAGAUGCCCAGAGCUGACUCAAAGGCAUAGAAAAGAUCAGUUUGUCGGCGUGGAUAUCAGCUAUGCUGGAGAAAUAGGCUGGCAUAGAAAGCAGCAGUGGUAGAAGGAGAGAGAGCCUGUAGCAGGGAGGUCUGCUGGGAUGUGGAGGCACUUCCAGAGGUGGUCCUGGCUGGAAGGGUUGAAGAGAAGGCUGGUGCAUUGGGACAAAGCUGGAAGAUGAUCAAAAUUCAUACUGGCAGAGAUACAUGAAGGGAAUGAAGUAUACAGUGAUUGUAUACUGUAUUGGCAGGAAUGAAGUAUACAGUAAUUAAACUACUACAAUGUGGGAGGAGAGGCUGAUCAUCAUUGCUGGGAGGUGUGAAGAAUGAAACUGGUGACAGAGGAGAGCAGUGAUGCUGAAUCAAAUGAUCAGAGAUUGAGGAGCACCUAAAAGAAAUACAAGAGUGGAGUACUUGGAGCAGAGGAGAUGUCGUGGCACCCACAGUACCGCAGCUCCAAGUUCCGCCAUGUGUAUGGCAAAGCUGCCAGCAAGGACAAGUGCUAUGACUGUGUGCCCAUCACCCACAACAUCAAUGACAACCACUUCUGUGCUGUGAACCCCAGCUUCAUUGCGGUGGUGACCGAGUGCGUGGGCGGCGGUGCCUUCCUCGUCAUUCCCAUCAAGCAGACAGGCAAGCUUGACCCACAUUAUCCCAAAGUAUGUGGGCACAAAGGAAGUGUUCUGGACAUCAAGUGGAACCCAUUCAAUGACUUUAUAAUAGCUUCGUGUUCAGAAGAUGCCACAGUUAAAAUCUGGAAUAUCCCCAAUCAGUUGCUAAAAAGAAACAUUACCACUCCGAAGAAAGAACUUCUUGGGCAUGCUCGAAGAGUCGGUCUGAUUGAAUGGCAUCCCACGGCUGAUAACAUCCUCUUCAGCUCUGGCUAUGACUACAAGAUAAUGAUCUGGAACCUUGAUGUCGUGGACAAUGUUCUUUCAAACCCAGUGAAGAUUCUUGAUGUUCACAAGGAUGUGGUCCUCUCCAUGUCAUUCAACACAGAUGGCAGUCUCCUUGCCACUGCUUGCAGGGACAGAAAGAUACGUGUGAUAGACCCUCGUGCUGGAACAGUCCUACAGGAAGGAAGCUACAAGUCUCACAGAGUCAAUAAAGUCUUAUUCCUUGGAAACAUGAAAAUGCUGUUUUCUACUGGAAUGUCUCGGUGGAAUAAUAGGCAAAUUGCAUUAUGGGAUCAAAAUGACCUUUCUAUACCUUUACUGGAGGAGGAUCUGGAUGGUGACUCAGGACUACUGUUUCCCAUCUAUGACUCUGACACACACAUGCUUUACGUGGUGGGAAAGGGUGAUGGAAACAUACGGUACUAUGAGAUAAGUCCUGAGAAACCAUACCUGAGCUACCUGAUGGAAUAUCAUUCUCACUUACCACAGAAGGGAAUUGGAAUGAUGCCAAAGAGAGGUCUUGAUGUGGCAGCUUGUGAAAUUUUCCGUUUCUACAAACUGAUUCCAGCUAAAAGCCUGAUUGAGCCCAUCUCUAUGAUUGUGCCUCGACGGUCGGAAUCAUACCAGGCAGAUAUCUACCCCCUGACUGCAGCAGCCCAACCGGCACUGACAGCAGAAGAAUGGCUCAAUGGGAUUAACAAAGGGCCCCUCUUGGUAUCCUUGAGACCAGGCUCUGAAGCUGUGAAGUCCCUACCACAGUUUCUGGAUCAAGAAACAGAAGCUACUGACAUGAGCCAGCAACAGAAAGUGCAAGGAAUGAUUUCACUGGAGGACGAGCAGAAGCCAAGAGAGAUUGAAAGUAGCAGAAGGCUGAAUGUGAAUGAGAGUCUGCUAGAAAAUAAGCAAAUGUGCCUCUCCAAUGGCUUUGACAUAUUUCAGUGUCCACCACCAAAAACUGAAAGUGAGCUUUUACAGAUGUAUUACCGGCAACAGGAAGAAAUCCGUCGACUACGUGAGUUGGUAAUCCAGAAGGAUAUCCAAAUUAAACAACUGAUGCUGGAGCUCAGAAACCUCUGCACAGACACAGACACUGAAUGAGAUUGUUGGCCUACAGCUCUUUGUACCCCUGGACACAGGGGGAGACUCCAGUUCCUGCAGAUAACUCCUCCUAGAUUUUUUACUGGAGGUAGAAUUGAUAUUUCAGGCAGCAUGGACUUCCCUGGCUUGUGGUGGUCACAUUUCCCUAAUCAUCACCAGACGGUUUUUGAUGGACUUGCUGCGCUUCUUCAGGCUCCCCUUGGCUUGCCUGCUCACCAAUGUCAGAAGCUUGUGUAUUAAUGGUAGUGAGAGACUUUGGAAAAUCUUGCUCUUGUGGUCCUGGAGAAGUUACAUGUUAAGCUCUGGGAAUGACCUGUUUUGCUGCCCCUCCACAUGACAGGAGAAUGGGAGACUGAAGGCAACUACCAGCUUCUUUUUUUUGCCCUGGGGCCCAGUGAUGUGGCUCCUGUGGCUGCUGUCCCCUUGCUCAGGGAGUCCACUCUGCUGAGUGUCAGAGGCACCUCUAGCUCCAAAGUGAUCCUUAUGCACUCCUCUGACCUCACAGCUUGGCUCUGCCCCCAGGUGCUUCAGGAAAGCCGUGGCUGCCCUGACCUGGUGCUGGGGAUAGUCCCACUCUGGGGGUGCCAAGGGCCAGCACUCUUGUGAUAGGAGAGUUGGUGUUGGAUAUCCUACUUUAAAAAGGUCAUGGUGUGGGCUAGUUUUUGCCAGAGAAGCUGAAGAGUCUCUGUCGUGUGAGUUAGUGGCCUUUCCCUUCUUCUGCCAAAGACCAGCUGCAGUCAACUGGGGGUCAUCAGAGAUUGAGAGCAGCAUUUAAAGCUGCACAGUGUUGCCAAUGGGGGAAUUUGCUGAGAGUUUAAAAGAAUGAGUGGGGAGUUGGACCCCCAGCCCACUGCAGGUAUUUUAGCAAUGGUGCUAGAAGUAUUGUGUCAACCACAUUAAGAUCACAGGGCUGUGGCCAGUCAUGAACAGCCCUCCAGGACUGCUGGAGUAUCACUUGUCCUUAAUGCCUGCAGCUGCUGCUUUCUUCACUCCCAGGUGCCACUACCUUGUCCUAUUCCUGCAGCUGUCUACAGCUGCAGAGUCCCUCUUGCCUGUAUUGUCCAGCCCCCUGCAUCCUCCCAGGCUGCUCAGCCUUCCUCAGCCCUGUGGCCAAACUGAUCUGUGCCCUUCAGCACCAGCUCUCUGGCUCAAUGGUGGACCUUACGGAGAUGUCUUAAACCCAGACAGAGCAAGCGAACACUAUUUAACCUGUAACUGUGCACCUCUAUUGUGGGACGUAGGAAUCAUGGAAUCAACUAGGUCCAGGGGAUACGUCUGGGACACAUGCUUGUCACCAGAUGUGUUUUUUUGGCUGCAUUUUUUUUUAAUAUGAAAUGAUUUAAAUUAUUUCCAAAGUAAAGUAAUUUUUCAGGGGAUUUUUACAUCCUCUUGAGAAGUGUUUCUUUGUUAUUCUAUGACUGACUAGCAUAGAGAAUGGUUGGUCACUAUGGUUCUUAUCCUUGGGUUUUGUUGAUUUCAGCAUUUAUGGAAAAGAAAGUGCUUUUAUUUAGGCUUUGGUGAGCCUGUUUAAUCAAAACUUCUUUUUUAGACAGUAUGCCUGUAAAAGCGUGGACUGUGAAAUGUAUUUAAAUUUGGAGCUUAACUGCAACCAUUAAUCUUUCACUGGAAAAAACCUUGAGGAAAUGGAGUUAUGCGUUCAUGAUCUGUGCCUAAAUAGUAUUGAGUGAUCCUUCUGACAGUUUCAGAACUCCUAAAAGCUUUGUAAAAAACUGUUGAACAUGGGGAUAAAAAACAAAUCUGUGCAAUGAAAAGCAAAUAUAACUGAAUAAUAAAUAUAUUUAGAAUUUUGCAUUUUGAUACAUGCAA